AUGGAGCGUCACGAUCAAAUCGUGGAAGAUAUCGCUGACAAAAUACGCACCUUCUACAAACUCGGACAGCCAUACCGAAUAUCACACGGCUCCUCCAGCAGUACUCGACCUCGCCAUGCACCAGACACCAACAUUAUCGACAUUGGUGUAUUAUCUCGAGUCAUUUCUGUCGAUACCGAUAAGAAGACAUGUCUAGUGGAACCCAAUGUUCCAAUGGAUCGGCUCGUCGAAGCAACAAUGCCGCAUGGGCUCGUACCUCCAGUCGUGAUGGAGUUCCCCGGGAUCACAGUCGGAGGUGGGUUUUCUGGAACGUCCGGUGAAAGCAGCUCUUUUCGCCAAGGCUUCUUCAACGAGACAGUUAAUUUUGUGGAGAUGAUACUCGGCAAUGGAGACGUGGUGAGGGCGUCAGACGGAGAACGGGAAGAUCUAUUCCAUGGAGCUGCUGGUGCCGCCGGGACAUUGGGUGUAACGACGCUGCUCGAGGUCCGACUUGUAGAGGCACAGAGAUUCGUGAAAACAACAUACCACCGGGUCAAAAGUGUUGCAACUGCCAUUUUGGAGACGAAGAAGCUUUGCGGCCGAUCAAAUGCUGACUAUAUCGACGGAAUAAUCUAUUCCAAAGACCAUGCAGUUAUCAUAACCGGGCAACUUACAAACUCCAAACCUCCAGACUCGUCUAUCAUGACCUUCAGUAACGCCGCAGACCCCUGGUUCUAUCUUCACGUACAAGAUAAGACAAAGGGUCUUUCAACCUCUUCAUCUGUCACUGAGUACAUCCCGCUCGGCGAAUAUCUUUUUCGCUACGACAGAGCAGCGUUUUGGGUUGGUCGUCAAGGCUAUACGUACUUCAAAAUCGUCCCAUUCACCAGAUUCUUUCGAUGGCUCUUGGACGACUACUCGCAUACCCGAACGCUAUACCACGCCCUUCACGCAAGUCGCAUCUCUGAUCAAUUUGUUGUCCAAGAUCUGGCUUUGCCUUAUCAUACAGCCGAGGAGUUUAUCAACUGGGUGGAUUCUGAACUUGGUAUAUGGCCACUGUGGGUAUGUCCUCUAAAGGAAACGAGGAUGCCGACAUUUCAUCCCGUCAAUGCAAAGCGUUCUGAAGGAUCUGAUAUAUCACAACCUAUGCUUAAUAUUGGUGUUUGGGGUUGGGGACCUUCGAAUCCCAAAGAGUUCAAAACCAAGAAUCGCUCCCUGGAGGAGAAGUUGGCAGAGCUUGGCGGCCGAAAGUGGCUAUACGCCCACACGAACUACACAGAAGAACAAUUUUGGGAACUUUACGAUCGGUCUUGGUAUGAAAGCCUGAGGGAGCGUUACUUUGCAACGACUCUUCCAACGGUGUAUGACAAAGUAAAGCAUAUGGACACGGAGCCGGAGGAGAGGUCGAUGAAGGGAUGGAGUUUGAAGGCGCUGUUACAUAAGUGGCCGAUUGGAGGACUUUAUGGAAUGGUUCUUGCGUUUUAUUCGGGGGACAUCAGUUUGCAUCGGAGGGCGACCUGGAAGUAUAAGAAGGAGUAG